CUGGCCACGACGUAUACAAUCGCCUCGCACGUCUUCUUCAUUGCCAUGCAACCUCCAGAAUGAAUAAAGUACACAGCCUCACUUACCAUAGGAAUGCAUGAAUCUAGUCGGUGGUGUUAGCCUAUCGCCUACUGCAACGUUCGCUGGCAACCCGAUGACUCCGCAAGCUGCAUGCAAGCCGUACGGUAGAUCAGCCGAUUCCCCAACACGUUAGCUAUGUACUCACAAGUACCAACCACGAGUCUUUCUGCGAGGCAGAAUCUGCGCAGGGCAGUGCUGGCUUCGCUGCUACGUGGUCUGUGGCUGUUCGCUCCAAGAUGCAUACACUGAGAAGAAUCUUGAGGCGCGCAAGAGCGAUUAAUAGGACGAGAGGAUGGCCUGCGGUUACGCGAAGGUACACGUCGGAUUUCACAGCUCACGAUGAAGUUCUUCUCCAGACAGCAAAAGCUGUCGUACGCCCGGAACGGGCCAAAUUCCCCUACUUCGUCACAAAUCGCAAUACCUCCAAGAUCUUCCCAUACACCUCCACCGUCCGAGAUCGCUCGUCUCCCCAGACCUGAACCGAUACCGCAAGCCCCUCGGGAGCCACAGAUAAUCCAGGACCGAUACAUAGACGGAGACAAACUCCUAGCGAUGUGUCAGAAGCGAUAUGGAAUAGAGAAUUGUCGCCUGAAGUACAAGAACGAGCGAUACUACCUCCAAGCGCCAGAAUUGAUCGGCGAGGACAUCCUGCAGCAAUGCGAGACAUAUUCUAAAUCAUGAUCGCACAGUGCCUGUGCGUUGAGUAGGAGUUGAGGCGGCUACAGUAGUACUUGGCGGGAGCAUUUUACAUGGAGUUAUUAGCAUUGCAUAUCCGUUUGGUGUCCAAACCACUCUUUCUCCUGAAUGAAAUACCCAUUCCUGC